AUGAAAGCUGAACAGAGUGCAAAGGUGAACAGCAAAGAACCUGUUCCAAAUGCCGACGACGCUUGUACAGAGGAAGUAGUUCCAUCAACUUCACGCUCAAGGCAAGCAGAAGAGGACCAGGAGCUGUCAAGGUUUCAUGCCAAAGCGAAAGCCCGAAGGAAAAGCAGACAGAAACGAAUUCAGUAUCAGUUCAUGUUCAAAGCAGGGGCCUUUGUGAUCAUGCUGACUGUCGUGAUGAUUACGAAGAAGAUCCAAGAAUGGUACAAGGGAGGAACGAACUCUUCGGAAGAUAAGGCUCCAUCACCAACGACUGCCGCCAACAGUGAGCUUUGA